UCUAUCCCUUUCUAUAUUUCAGUACAUGAUCAACAAAACAGUUUCACUGAAGAGGUAAAGUUGACACAACGUAAAAAAUCGUGUGACUAUGUUUGUACAUCACUUUUAUUUUGAAGUUCCACGUUACUCGCGCGCCUCCCUACGUUUUCAAACUUUACUAACAACAUGGCGUCGUGUUCCUGAGCAUUUUUUUUAAAGCUGUAAUUUGCUCUUCUCUUUCUGAAAUUCAUAUGAGCUCUAAUAGGAACGUAGGAACAAACGGUCAGAGCGUCUGUGUGUCUGGAUGAAGCUGUUUGAAUGGACUUUGUGCUGUUAGCAUACAGACCUGCGGAAGUUAGCUUAGCUUAUUAGCUGCGUGAGAACAUGUCGAGCGAAAUCCAAAUCUAAGUACAAGAAGCGUCAACGUACACGUUUGGAAACAGAUGAAAUGGACCACAAAUUGCCAACUAUAAUUUUUAAAGUUGAGGAGACGCAGCAGAGAAUAGAGCCUGAACAACAGGAAUGGAGCUCCACUCUGAACCAGGUUGACCCAAAGCCCCCAAAGAUUAAAGAGGAACCGGAGGAACACUUUAGCAGUGAGGAGCUACAGACGUUGGCUGUGGAGGAUGUCAUUAUGUUCCCACUCACUUCUCUGCCUUUGAAAACUGAAAGCAAAGACAAACUGGAGUCCUUACACUGUCAUCAAAGCUGGGCAGAAAAGAGAGAGGCUGAGCCUCUGACCAGCAGCUCAGUAAAACACAUGAAGAUGGAAGCUGACAGAGACCCGAUGAAGACAGAAGCUGGCAGAGAGGACUGUAGCGGAUUGAAUCCAGCUGGCAGUUUAGAUCCAGAUGGUUGUUUACAACUACAUACUGAUGUCAAGUCAAACAUCUGUGAUCCACAUGCAACUGAAGGUGGCAGUGAUUGUGUCAACAGUGACUUGAGGAACAAGAUCAGGAAAUGUCAACCAGUGGCUGUUGGAGAAGAAGAAACUGAUUUGGUGGCAGAUUUACUUGGAAAGCCUUUUUCUGGAAGGACCUUCCAAGAAAAGUUGGAAAUUGUCAGGAAGGGUCGACCUAUGCCACAGCUAGCAACCCUGAAACAGCAGGGGAAAGGAUUUGUGAGGCACUUUCAAACUAGCAACUACGAGAGGUACAAAUGGCUUACGGUGUCUACAGAGCGAUGCAGGUUAUAUUGUUGGGGAUGCCUGUUAUUCUCUACAGACUGGAAUGGUGUUUGGAGCCACGCUGGAUUUGCAAACCUGAACUGCCUCACCAAAGCAGCACUGAGGCACCAAAGCACCGCGGGACACUUGUAUGCAACGGUACUGUUGAAAACGUUUGGAGACACCCGAGUGGAUUUGUCAGUUGAUGAGCAAGUGCAAAGCAACGUGGAGCUCCACAACGAAAAAGUCAAGAAAAACCGGGAAAUACUGAAAAAACUCAUUGAUUGUGUCAUUUUUGGGAGUAAACAGGAGUUCCUGAUUAGAGGAUGCGAUGAAAGUGAGGAGUCAAUAAAUCUGGGUAUUUAUGUCCAGCUUCUUUCCUUUCUGGCUGAGCAUGACAAGGACUUGCAUUAUCACCUUUCCACUAACAACGUGUUUACCGGGACUUCAGGUACAAUGGUAAAUGACCUGAUUAGUGCCGCAGCUGAAGUGAUGGAAGAGGAAAUAAAACAGGAGGUCAGUAGAGCACCCUAUGUUGCUGUUAUGGUGGAUGAAACCUCAGAUUUGAGUACUGGGGCACUGCUGGCAUUAGUGCUCCGUUAUGUGACAGACACUGGUGUCAAGGAGAGAUUCAUAAGACUUGACAGUGUCGCUGAUGAUAAAAGUGCUGAUGACGCCGCUGCACUCAUCAUCAAGUUCCUGGAGGAAUACAAAUGUCUGGAAAAAGUUGUUGCCCAGUGUUUUACUGGCACAGCCGUCACAGCCUCUGGAGUAAAUGAGGUGCAGGCUAAAGUUAAGACGAGGGCACCUAUGGCAUUAUUUGUGCACUGCUAUGCACAUCAACUUACUUUAAUAUUGACUCAAGGGGCAUCAAAACUGAGAGAAUGUAAGAUAUUUUUUGCACAUCUCACUAGCUUAGCUGCAUUUCUUUCCAGAUUUCCUAAACAAUCUCAGCUGUUUGGCAAUAUCUGCCUUCAGGUGGUACCAACAAGGUGGCAGUGUAGUUCCAGGUUGGUCAGCAUGGUCUAUGAGAAAAGAGUUUCUCUAAAGAAGUUAUUUGAGGACAUUUUGGAGCAUUAUGACGAGUACGACCAGGAAUCUGUGCGCUCUGCUGAUGAAUACAUGGUGCGUCUGGAUGAUUUUGAGUUUUGUUUUUUGCUUUCCACUUUUCAGGGAAUCUUUAAGUGUUCAGAUAUGCUUUUUGGAAUAUUGCAAAACAAAUCACUGGAUGUACAGUUCUGUCUGAAAAGAGUGGAGGAGUUUUGUAACACCAUCGAGGUGGAGAGAGGCAGAUUUGGUGAGAUUUAUGAGUGGACUGUGCGCCAGAUAGGUCCACCAAGCACACAGAGAGACCAAGUACAGGGGGACAGUUGUACAAGAUACCAGAAACUCCACAGUGAUAUUUUGGACAACAUCCUUGCCCAAAUACAGAACCGGUUUAAAGACCACAAGAACUUUAUGUUUUUCUCCCUCCUCGACCCUCAGCAGUUUCAGACAUAUCGGAAAAAAUUCCCAGAUGCUGCUUUCUCCAGCCUGUCACACAGCUACGGAGCUCUGUUUGACCUGCCUCGGCUUAAGACAGAGCUGACUGUAAUGUAUGCCAUGGCUGAUUUUGAAGGAAAAAGCCCUGCUGAGCUCCUCAUGUUCCUUCAGCAGAAGGUUCUAUGUGAAAGCUUGCCUUACCUUUACGCGUUGGCGUGCUUGACAGUGACUAUCCCGGUAUCUGCUCCCUCUCUCAAUCUGGGGUUUUCUGCCCUAAAACGCUAUAAAAUGUAUUCAAGCAGUGCAAUUAAGCAAGAUCGGCUGUUAGCACUGACCUCCAUGGCUAUCGAGAAGGAGCUUUUAUUGGAACUGAAAAACACUGAUGUACUGUAUGACCGAGUCAUUGAGCACUUCAUAAAAAAAGAAAGGAGGAUGGACUUUGUCUUCAAGUGAUGAGCUGCUUUGGCAUAUUCGCUGAAGAACAUUAUCUACAUGUUGAAAUCAUAAGAAGAAGAGAUGCAUGUAUCAUGGAUAUAUCCAAGGACAGUGUGGAUAAUCCACGGGUUGGGUCGUCCAUGUAAUUUAAAAAAUGGCAGUCUGAUUAGUUGUAGGUGGAUGAAAAAUCAUUUUAUGUACAUCAGCGAAAAUCUUUACAGGCGGGUGUCGCUGAUUAUUAAGAUACUGGUGUAUAUCUUGUAUGUCAUACUUUCGCACAUAUCUUCUAAAUCUUGGUCAGUAAGUAAGAUAAGUUUGAGAAACGGCACAAAAAUGCUGGUAGCAAAGUUUGACUUUUAA